AGAGCAGGGCUUCUAGUAGCUGAUUGUAUGGUGGGAGAAGUGAAGUGAAGCUCUUUCUUGCCUUGUUACUGAAGAAAUCUUUUGGUUUCUAGUAUUACUGAAUUCUUGGGGAAAAUUUGUAGUCCUCACCUUGAAAGGCAAAAGGGCUAGUUGUGCCAUUUGCCCACCCAGGAACCAUGAGGAGAUAUACGAUAACUUAUGCCUGGCAGCUCCUGAAGAAGGAACUGGGACUGUGCCAGCUUGCCAGGGAUAUCAUGAUAAUGAUCCGAGUGUGUAAAAUGUUCCGCCAAGGCCUCAGGGGAUUCCGGGAAUAUCAAAUCAUUGAGACUGCUCACUGGAAGCACCCUGCCUUCUCCUUCUGGGAUAGAAAGAGGCAAAGCCGCGUCACAUUUGAUACCAUGGACUUCAUUGCAGAGGAGGGUCACUUUCCUCCAAGAGCUAUUCAGAUCAUGCAGAAGAAGCCUUCCUGGAGGACAGAGGAUGAGAUCCAGGCCGUCUGUAACAUCCUGCAGGUUUUGGAUAGCUAUCGGAACUUUGAGGAGCCCCUACAGCUGCUCCUGGCCAAAGUCAUGCGCUUUGAACGGUUUGGUCGCAGGCGUGUGAUCAUCAAGAAGGGGCAGAAGGGCAACAGCUUUUAUUUCAUCUACCUGGGCACAGUUGCAGUAACCAAGGAUGAUGACGGCAGCAGUGCCUUCCUAGAUCCCCAUCCGAUAUUGCUGCGCAAGGGUAGCUGUUUUGGGGAAAUGGGCCUUCUGGAUGCUUCAGUGAGGAGGGCCACCAUUGUCUGUAUGGAAGAAACGGAGUUCCUGGUUGUUGACAGGGAGGACUUCUUUGCUUAUAAGCUGGACCAGGAAGUUCAGAAGGAUGCUCAGUGUCGGUUUGAAUUUUUUAGGAAGAUGGAUCUGUUUGCAUCAUGGUCUGAUAAGAAGCUCUGGCAGCUCGUAGCCGUGGCAAAGAUAGAGAAGUUCUCAUAUGGGCAGCUGAUCUCAAAAGACUUUAUAGAGUCGUCCUUUAUCAUGUUUAUCAGCAAGGGCAGCUGUGAAGUCCUGCGGCUGUUGGACCUUGCUGCCUCCCCUUCCUACCACAAGUGGGUCUGGCAGCACCUGGAGCUGAUCGAUGACAGGCCUCUGAUGACCCACCUACGUGAAUACUCUCCUAUGGAAAGAUACAAGGAAUUCCAGAUCAAAUCAUAUCCUCUACAAGACUUUAGCUCCUUGAAACUUCUGCAUCUCCAGAAGGCCUGGAAGCUACAGGGCACAAGCUUCAGUGGGAACGUCAGAACUUCAGGAGACAGUCUCCCCAAGAUGCUGGGCCCAAAGAUCAAAUCCAGGCCUACUCAGUCCAUCAAAUGCACCAUGAUCAAUACCAACCUUGGUGAGCUCCCCAAAGAGGCUGUAGUGGGGGCCUACGUGAAGGUGCAUACUGUGGAGCAGGGAGAAAUUUUGGGCCUUCACCAGCUCUUCCUUCCAGAGGGUGAACACGACACACGACCCUUCAUCCUGUUAAGCCUGGGAAAUGAGAUGAUACGGAUAAGGAAGGAAAACUUUUAUGAACUGAUUGACAAUGAUGAUGAGAUGAUACACAAGUUGUUAAAGCUCAGUACAGCAUUCCCCAGUGAUGAAGAUAUGUGCCAGAAGUUCCUCCAGGAGAACAGCUGGAAUGUCUUUCGGAAGGAUCUGUUGCAGCUGCUAGUGAAGCAUCGCCAAAUUCCACCAUUCACCCCAAUCCGGCCCAAGAAGAAAGGGAUAUACGACCCUAGGUCUGUGGUCCUCAAUUUGUGCAGCAUCAACAAGACGACUAAACCUUGUUAUCCCAUUUUUAAGGCGCCCCAGAAAUACCUGCCCCCAUUGAGGAUUGUCGAAGGCAUCAAAGCACCUCGGUACAAAAUCCAAGAACUCUUGCCUCAGUAUAAGAGUGCAGGGGUCCUUAUUUAGGACAAAUAAAGGAUGGCAGAUUGG